GCCCCACUACGAUGACACCCUUGCAGCUCAGGUGUAUCACCGUUGGAGGAUGACAGCAUAACCUGGAAGUUGAAGUUACAGGCCUGACUUCUGUUCGGUCAGACUUUGAACUGCGCUGCGCCAGUGUCGAGCAGCGUGGCGCCACCAAUGAGUUAGUAUGAAAACAUGUUGCCUUGCCGGUAGCAUAUCUGCUCCUAAGCGUGUUGCAGAGAGGGAAUUGUGAAAAUGAGCGCCAAUGAGAAUGAGAAUGCUCCUCCCGUCGAGGGGCAGGACUCCAGCGCGUCGGUCCAGAAGAUCCAGACGCUGCUCAGCGCAAGGGACGACACUUCUCGCUUCGUCGGAUUGGCAUUGCUCAAGUCGGUUCUGGACAACACUCCCGAGCUGAGGAGCAACGAAGAUGCCAUCGCCGCGCUCUGGGAGAGCAUCCCGCCCAAGUUUCUGGAUCGGUUGAUGCGAACCGGGUCCAAGCAACAGAAGGCACCGGAUGCACCACGUAAGGACGCCAACGACAUGCUGGACAUCGCUGUGUCGAUUCUCCAUACAUUCGCCGCAUUGCUUCCGGAGAAUGCGCGGCAGAACCCCCGACUACUCCAACGCAUCCCGCUGCUGGUGGCCUCUCUUCUACACUGUUCCAACGACACCACGCGAUUGGCACUAGAGACGCUGGUGAGCCUAGUGAGCCAUCCAGACGGCGCCCAAGCUUUCACAGCCAUUGACGACAUCAGCCCCCUGACCGAGGUGGCGUCCUCGCAACCUCUUGUGCUCGACACUCUGCUGUAUGCGUGGCUUAAUGCCACAGCAGCCGGGGCGGACAAAACCAAACUGAGAUCCAAGAUGGACGCCACCAUCGGCAGUCUUGUCUCUUCUUUCAAGGGCACCGAUGCCGUCACGCUGCUGGCCUUCCUCGGGAGCUUGCUUCCCCGUUUGGAGCCGGAGGUUUUGCCGUCCAACCCCAAAUGGCUACCAUCACUAGCCCAGUUCAUUAGUGAUCUCGUAGCCCGCCGUCCCACGGCUGCUGGCCGAGCCGCCUUCACCAACGUCUGCGCUGCCCUGCUCGAGGCCUACCCCUCUCCGGCGCCCCAGCUCCUCUUCGCCGAGCAGGGCAACAAGACCGAUAAUCCUUCCUCUUACCUUCUCAUCAACCUCCUGCUCGUCGACCUGCGUGCCACGCUCCCCACCCUCCUCGAGCAGCUCAACAACCCCUCCUACGCCGAGACCUCGCGGCGCCUCGCCUCCGCCUUCAACGUGGUCUCCCACUUCAUCGGCUACCUCGUCCGCUCCAUGGACGACAACGCCGCCGGCAAUCUGCCCUGGGUCAUCUCCCCGGACCUCCUCCUCAAACUCCGCAAGGCCAUCUCGGAAACAAUGUCCCUCACAACCGAGUACCUCCGCGACCGAUGGGACGCCUCCGUCGCCGGCGCCAUGGGCCUGCAUCCGGACGCCCGCGUCGGCGCCGCCAACACCGCCGCCGGCUCCCACUUCACCCUCGCCUGGGACUCCAAGAGCGACAGCGCCGCCUCCGCCGACGACCCGCUCAUCCUUGCCGCCGUCCGCGCGCUGGCCAUCUGGCUGCGCGAGGACGACAACGACUUCCUGCGGAAGGAGGCCGCCGGCCUGGCCGACAUGCUGAUCGACCUGUAUCGCAGCAGCAGCAGCAGCAGCAGCAGCAGCAGCCAAGGCAGGCUCGACUUCCGCCGGCCAGUGCUCGUCGCCUUCGAGGGCAUCAUCGUCGAGAAGAAAGGCCGCGCCGCGUUCCUCGACAACGGCGGGUGGCAGGCCCUGGCCGACGACCUCGUGGCUGUCCUGGAGGCCAGCUCCGCGGCGAGCGACGAGAACGAAGCCGCGCGCGGCAUCGAGGUCGUGCGCGUGCUGCUGCAGAUCGCCGAGUCGGAGCGGCCCGGCCCGCGGGAGGCCUGGAUGGACCUCGUCACCCGGGUCGCCGCGUGGUACGCGCCCGAGGCCAAGCAGCCGGCUGUCGUGGAGGAGUGCCAGGUCGCGGCUCUGCAGCUGGUCACGGCGCUGCUGGCGAACACGCACCCGGGGAUGCAAAAGCGCUAUGUGCAUUCGACUAGCGCCGUGCUGGGGAUUGCGAACCAGCUGAAGGGGAAGAUCUCGGGGGAUCCGGCGUUGGAAGAGGCGCUGGAGGAUGUGCUGGGAACGCUGGCUGCGCUGAGGUGAGGCUGGGAUGUUGGUGAACGAUUCUCUCUACGUCCUAGAGACCUGGGAAAACGCAGAAUCUGCCUGUAUAAGAGGGGGGAGCCCCAGUUCAAAAAGGGGGAUGGAUUCAA